GGGAGCAUGUAUCGGACCUACCGCUUGAGGACUGCUGUAGGAGAAUAGUUGCACAUGAAUUUGCGUCGCAAAGAAAAUUUCGAUUGUUAGGAGGUUCACCUGGUAAAAAUGGUAAUGGCAUUGGUGCUAACAAUAGUGGUUCCCGUGAAGAUCCUCGUGCCAUAGAAGCAGAAAAGCGUUGCGUAGAGGAAAUGAUUAGCGCAGCUCGGGAUAUCGAAGCUCAGUUUAACGCCAAAAAGCUACCGGAAUUCAGCUACACUACAUGCGAAGAGGAGGUCCAGAGAUACCUCAAGAAGAUGAUUGCGAAGUGCAACGCUCCGUUUGUUAAGACUGUCGCCGCAGCAUCCUCAGCAUCCUGCUUCUGGCUCUUCUUCUACUUGAAAGUGAUGCUCUCAGGGAUGCUCUCAGGGAUGCGGCAGCGGUAGUUCUAAACCUCUUCGUGGUUGUGUAGUCCCUAUUGUUGAGGCAGUAGCGUACGGCUGCCCUGACCUGGAACGUGCGCUCGCGACAUCACAACAGGCACGAAAUGGUCGCAGCAGAGACAGCGGAGCGAGUUCGUCAAACACGUUGGGUGGGAUGGCGAAUCACAGUGGGUCAGGAAACCGCAACCCCGCAGCAACGCAGUUCGUAAGCCUCUGGAGUGAUUUUCUAUGCGACAACGUGGAUGGCCUUCCACCUCAAGAUGUCACGCGACUGAUUGCUGCUUAUGGCCGUCGUGCGCUGCCGACGGAUGAGUUUUUAUGUGAAAUCUGAAGGUUGUACACGCUUUCUGUUUCUUCUAGAAGGCAGUCAGAGUUAGACCCAGAUGUUGAGCUGCAAAAGUAAGACGGAGUUAGACCUAGAGGUUGAACUCCAGAAGCUUUGAUCUUGUAUGUAACGCACAAUGCCUGCCAUGUUUUCGUUUUGUGGUUCGGAGUAAGAAUCGCUGAAAAUUUCAUCUUCAUCUACGUCCUCGAUCUGCUAACUAGCUCACCUACCUCCUGCUCAGUCCUCUUCUUUGUUCACGAGUAAGAAAAAUAGCACUUCUUCUUCCUUUCUUCCCUUACCUUUACAUUCUGCUAUGCUAACUAGCUCGACCUUCUCCUGCUCAACCUCUAGUACCUCCUUCAACAUCUUCUAAUCCUCGUGAUGUUUAUGCUGGCGAAGCGUACGCAGGAGAUCCUCCACUACUUUUCUGGACCACAGAUCACCUCAAUAGCCUACAGCUUCGCCUUUCAAUACUUGGAGGAUGAUGAGUUCAUGCAUGCCCUUUCGCAGGCCGUUUUUCUCGGUACGCAGGAAAGAUUGCCGCAAGCGCAAGAGGAACAGGCGUCGAUGUCUUCCACGGCAGAUCGAGCUAUCAACAUGGAAGAGAAAGAUAUUACGGGUGAAAAGACUGACGAGAUGACGCUGACGACUGCGGGGACAAUCCAUGGGGAGAACACCGAGCAGAGAACAAAUAACGGCCAAGGAGUUGGUGAUGAUACAUCAACCACAACUAGUUGUUCUACCUUAGAAGAAAAUGCAUCAAGUACCACUGGUAGCACGACUCAAAAUGACACGACUACCACCGGCACCAGGAGAUGGUUACAAUUGUCCUCAGUUCAAAAAGUGACUAUGCUGUGGGCUUGUUCAAAAUUGCGAUAUCGGGAUCGCAAGAUGGCUAAAGCGGUUAUAGGCGACUUGAUGCGCGAAGGACGCUUUUUCCACAACCACAAUCAACAAGUAGAGGGCCAACAGGAAACCGAGUCCGCUACUAAUUCUGCUACUACAGGAGCAGCUAGAAGUCCCGCAACAGCCACGUCUGGUUCAACAGCCACGACUGGCUGUGCUGCUACAACAGGAGGAGCAGCUAGUACUGUUCUUCUAACAGAUGCUACUGCUGGAAGUAGCAGUAUUGCAUCAGGAGACAGUAGUUGUAGUACUGUAAAAGCAACACCUGGCGCAGCAGGAGGAAGACAUACAACAGCUACUACAAAGUUGCCAAAAGAGACAGUUGAGUCAUUGACUGUCUACAAGCAGAUGGCUGGCGCUUUGGGUUAUGGCUAUCAUGACUUUCACUAGACAGGUGGAUGUUUACUUAAAUUUUAUUUUUGCUGCAUCUCUCUCGAAUUAUACAUAGCGCAGUGGUCCGAAUAUUAUCUAUAAGUACAUCGUGACACUCACAUGUGGAAUAGCUCAGUAGGCAUGCGCAGUAGGUUAUCACGAGGACGAGGGAACAUCACGAGUAGCGCGGCUUCUUAACCUACAAAAGCUUAUUUACCUACAAGUCUAAGAUCUACAGUUGGAUCUUUUGCAUGUUCCGCUGGCGAAUAAUCCGGACUUUAUUCGCGAUUUAGCACGCAGAAUCCGAUCCGGGAAUACUUCGGCUCUGGACGAGGACGAGUGGACUCAUAGUGCUGUUAUUUUAUCACUCUACCUAUUUCCGGAUGCUGGGACGGCGAAAACAGUGGUAGUGGAUCAUAGCGAAUGGCUGGCAAACGCGGCAAUAAAGGGUGACGACUACGAACAAGAGCAUACAACUGUGUCUCAUAGAGAUCAGCAAGAUGAAGUAGAUGAUACAUCUUCAACAAAAACGGCCGUCUAUCGAAGCCAUCACGAGGAAGCUCGAGCUCCGUUCUGGAUGCUGUUGGCUUCGGCGCUUCAUGUAGUUUCAGUGAACCGGCAUUGGUGGGAGGCUCGUCGUUCUUCUUUAGCCAGUCGCCGCAUGCGUUUGGUGACAUCCUGUGUCUUUGCCGGUAUGCUUGGGCCUCUACGGUAUUUCCCCUUGCCGAUUCUGCGGCAACUAGACGCCGCAGUUACUUAAGACUUUUGGAAAUGUAUCUUCAGGGGCAUGAUCUUGGGCCUCCCGUGUAAGGGGGAAGCGGGUCCAAGAUGCAUCUCAAAAUGGGAUAUUCCCGGAACAAGAUCUAAGUUACACACUUAGCCUGUCUGCCUCAAGGGGGUCGUGAGACCAACUCUAGUGGGUUUCACCUGGAAGUAGCGGCAGUACUGGAUCAAUUGCGCGUGCGCUAUGGGUUGGAGAAACCUACGGGAUCAGCGCCCUUCGUUCUAGACCUCCUUAUUUCGCAGAACCAGAAUUUUAUGGACAAAACUUCUAGUCUUGAACGUCUCAUUUCAUCAGGUUGAGUAGAAUGGAUUCGUUCAAAAAAGAAUGCGAAAAAAUUUGCUCCAGUAAAAUCUUCUGACUGUUCUAAGAAUAUCUUCGUCGAGCUAGCGAUGACAGAGACCGAAAGGGAGGCGAUCCUCGCGCGGCAGAGAGAACUCGAGCAGCGUAGAUUGGAGUUUGUAUUCGGAAUCGCACCAGGAGGAAACGCAGACGUGGAGCCAGAAGACCAAGCUGCGACAGAGUUUAGCCAUGCUGCGUGCUAAAACUAAGGGAAGAGGACAACUACUUGCUGGGGUCUUUAUUGGGCUGUGAAUGCUGAACAAUAUGACAUAGGUUCCGAAGUGGCCUGGUUCUUCGUCUUUCUCGAAUGUAUAAAUAUAUUUAUAAGGUCAACAAAAACUUAACGACAUGAAACUGAUAAAUAGUGAGAAGUGUAUAAAACCGAAUACUUACUUGAUGAUUGCGUAAGUACGAAAAAUGUAUCACAGACGCCUACAUGAAAUAUUUGAUGAGAAGCUAGUAUUGAAGAUCACCAACUGUAACGGGAUGAAUAAUCAAUGUACCUCCCAAACGAGUUUACCUGUCGCUACUUGUUAUACGCUGUCCGACAGAUGGGGAAUGAAUUGUAGAACGAGUGAGAAAUGAUGAGAAAGCUCGCAUGAUACGCAUACGCGCGUAGAACUGAAAUACCCAACAUCCAGAUCCUACAACAUGAU